UUCUCAUCACUAGGUGGCGAAAGUGUACGGACAUAUGUGUUGAAAAUCAACACCCGGUGAGGUUAAGUUGCUAUAGGAAAAGUGUAUUAAUUACGUUAAUUAUGAAUUUCUUGACUAUUUCUAGAAGCAUAAUCAACAUAGCGAGAACAUGUAUAACAAAUUCUAUCCAAGGUGGCAGUCUGACAAAGCUUUGUGGGAAUAGCUACAGCCAAGGAAACAUAUUGAAUACUACGAGAACAUGUGUGAGCACAGCGCUGCAAGGAUUAGGACAGAUCAGAUUUGGAAGUUCGUUAGUGCAAAUGCACAGGAGAGGCGGACCAUACAAAAAGCCCAAACCUUCGAAAAAUCCUUUUGGAGGCCAACCAUUUAUGAAGGGCGUAGUCUUAAAAACCGUCAUCAAAAAACCGAAGAAGCCUAACUCCGCGAAUCGAAAAUGCGUCGUUGUGAAAUUAUCAAACGGCAAAGAGAUGACGGCAUAUGUUCCCGGAAUUGGCCACAAUCUACAAGAACACAAUAUAGUGCUUUGCAAGAAUGGACGAUUACGAGACACACCGGGCGUUAAGAUAAAAUGUGUACGUGGAAAGUAUGAUUUACCACAUGUAUCUAAACGGAAUUAAUUUAUAAUUAAAUGUUAUCAACCCACUGUCUUCGGUAAACUGUUUGGCAGAAUUGAUGUGAAAUUUCUAUGAAAAAAAGACAUCAAUUGUGCCAUUUUUAUCUAUAUUUUUGUUAAUUAUGUAAUCAAGAAUAUAGUAAUUAGUUCCCAAAACCAUAUUCUUAAUUUUGAAAACACAUUACGAGAUCGAAAAUAACAUAUUUCUGGUAAGAUUUGACGUGAUAUAGUGUUAUUUACACAACUUUCACAUUGUACAUAGUUUAUUUGAAAUAUAGAUAUAAACACAU